AUGGCCGCAAUGUGGCCUCGCACUGCGAGUCGCAGCAAUGACUGGCGGCGGCGCAAAUCUCCGCGUCGACGCCGAGGUCGGAGCAUUCCAAGCCCGGAGACCAUCCAUGCGCAGCAGGCUUCGAUAUUUGCGUGGACCGCGCUGGCUGGGAUCCUCGAGUGCAACGGCUCUGCCACGAGAGAGAAGCGCAAGCAAUUCCUCCUCACUUCUCGAUUGUCGGCGCGCAGAGCACACGUAGAUCCGCAGCCCAGUCCGUUUGAGCCCAACAUGGCCACCGAAACCACCCCGCUGCGCGGCGAGCAGUACGCCUCAGACGCCCAGAAGCGCAAGCGCAUCGUCGGCAUCACCGGCGCCGUCGUGGUGCUAGCGGCCAUCAUCGUCGUGCUGUGGCUCACGCUGAGCGGCCACAGCUCUAAGUCCACCGAGGUGACGGUGCAGCAGACGCCCGAGCCCACCCCCGCCCUACGCACGGAGCCCCCCGUCGUCAUCACGGAGGCCCCGGCUACCGAAGCGCCGGCUACCGAAGCGCCGGCUACCGAAGCUCCCGUCGAGCAGCCCGCCGCCGCUGCCCCCGCCGACCAGCAGCCCGCUGCCGAGCCUGCCGCCGCGGCCCAGCCCGUUCCCGCCGCUGAGCCCGUUCCUGUUGCCGAGCCCGUGCCUGCUGCCGAGCCCCAGCCUGCCGCCGAGCCGGCUCCAGCCGCUCCGGAACAGCCUGCCGAAGCCGCUCCCCAGGAGCAGCCAGCUCAACCGGCCGAGCCGGCACCGGUCGCCCCUCAGCAGCAGCCUGCUGCCGAGCCGGCACAGCCAGCCCCUCAAGAGCAGCCUGCUGCCCAGCCGGCCCAGCCUGCCGACGCGGCUCCCCAGGAGUAG